UUCUUGCCAUACUGUAGCCACGCGAGCUUGGUUCACGACCGGACUCGCGCCGUUGAACAGACGCCUCUCCUCCCGUUCCUCCUCAACGCCCGAAUACUCCCGUCGAGGAGCCUGUCGUUCUUGAGCUUGCCAAGCAGAUUCAGCUGGUCGAACACAAAAUGUUGAAGUCCAAGAAUAUUCAGAAGCUGCUUUCGCAGAAUACUUGCCCUCUCUAUCCUGAGAUCUUCAUCCUUACUCCUUCUGGUAUUCUCGUGGGCAAUUCUACCCCGGCCAAUGUCAAGACUCUCCGGGACCACGCCGCUCUGGCCUCCACCAUUUGGAACCAGUAUGCGACUGCCGCUUUGAACGGAAGCUUUCACAACGCUCUUCAACCUGCCGAGAGGGCUACUGCCUCUCAGGACAGGACCCUGGAGACCCUCUGCGUCGAGACUACCGAAAUGAACAUUUGCGUCCGCCAAAUCAUGCCCCAGCUUCUGCUCUGCCUCAUGGGCCCUCGCUACAAGCCCGGCAUGCCUAUUCCCACCACUCACGCCAGCCGCGGUGAAGCGUCUGGAGCGAAUGCUGGAGCGUCUUCCUCCUCUGGCGCCUCCGCUACUAGUCCCGAAGCGAGUGCCGCCGACUCCCACGCUGCUGUUCGCACCGAGGUGACCGCCCAAGGCCUCUCACCCGAAGCCUCGGCUCAGCGCCAGGACGACCUCAAGCAGGGAAGCAUGCACAUUGUCAAGUGCAAGGCUGAAGCUCUCGCCAAAUAUCUCGCCGAGAAGUUGGAAGGCUUCACCAUGCCUCCUGACGUCUAAAGCAGGACAUGACAUGACAUAAUAGCCUUUUUUUAAACGCUGAUGUCCGCAAGCUCCAGUCUGUUGUCUCGUCUUGCUCUCAUACGCGGAGUACUAGACCCUGCUGGAUUCCUGCUCACGAGCAGCCUUUAUUGUUUUUCUAUCCUCGAUAUCUUAACGAACGUGACGCAGUAAUGAUCUCUUCGCUCAUGUUCGCUUUCGAUUCUUUGCUUGCACGUUGUUUUUCCAUGGUUGCGACAACAGACCAG